GCUUCAAAAGUGUUAUCUUAUCGUCUUAUCGCCGAUAAGAAAAUCGAAAAAAGUUCCGGGUCGUCGAUACGCUCAUCUUUCUCGGUCGCAUAUAAGACAUACUUUUUUAGUAAGGGUGGCUACAUAAUGGCUCUAUCGUGACAAUGAAGACCGAUUUUAAAUUUUCCAAUCUCCUUGGGACCGUCUACUGCCAGGGCAAUUUAUUGUAUAGUCCUGAUGGAACAUGCCUCUUCUCACCCGUAGGAAAUCGGGUCACAGUAUUCAAUCUUGUAGAUAAUAAAUCCUACACACUUCCAUUCGCGCAUAGGAAGAAUAUCUCGAGAAUCGGCCUUACACCGCGGGGUAAUCUUUUACUCUCCGUCGACGAAGAAGGCCAUGCGAUCCUAACCAACGUACCUCGACGGGUAUCCAUAUACCACUUCUCCUUCCGAUCCCCAGUCACAGCUCUCGCCUUCUCCCCCUCGGGACGCCACUUCGCCGUCGGAUUAGGACGAAAGACAGAAGUAUGGCAGGUUCCCUCAACUCCCGACUCGCACGCUCAGGGCGAGUUGGAAUUUGCGCCAUUCGUUCGACACCACACACAUAUGGGCCAUUUCGACGAUGUCCGUCAUAUUGAGUGGUCGACAGAUUCACGCUUCUUUUUAACCGCUUCGAAAGAUUUGACAGUCCGGAUAUGGAGUUUAGACGCCGAGGAAGGAUUCACCCCAACAGUUCUGUCGGGUCACAAACAGGCUGUCAUAGGCGCUUGGUUCUCGAGGGACCAAGAAACAAUAUACACAGUCAGCAAAGAUGGAGCUGUCUUUGAUUGGCAAUACACAAGGCAUCCUAAUGCCGCCCCGAGGGACGAAGAUGAAGAUGAUAUGGAUGUUGACGGCGACGACAUGCGCUGGAGGAUCGUCCAAAGGCAUUACUUCAUGCAAAAUAACGCCCACGUCCGAUGCGCUGCUUUCCACCCCGAGUCCAACCUCCUAGUUGCCGGGCUCUCCAAUGGAAUUUUCGGCCUAUACGAAAUGCCCGAUUUUAACACAAUACAUACCCUCAGUAUAUCCCAAAACGAAAUCGACUUCGUUACAAUAAAUAAAAGCGGAGAAUGGCUAGCUUUUGGAGCUUCGAAAUUAGGCCAAUUACUUGUUUGGGAAUGGCAAUCCGAGUCUUACAUAUUAAAACAACAGGGACAUUUCGAUUCCAUGAAUUCUUUAGUGUACUCUCCAGAUGGAAAGCGGAUUAUCACUACCGCUGACGAUGGCAAAAUCAAAGUCUGGGAUGUCGAAUCCGGAUUCUGCAUAGUCACCUUCACCGAGCAUACAAGUGGUGUGACAGCGUGUGAAUUUGCCAAGAAGGGCAAUGUAUUAUUUACUUCAAGUUUAGACGGUUCCAUACGAGCUUGGGAUUUGAUCAGAUAUCGAAACUUCCGAACCUUCACAGCGCCAAGCCGACUUUCCUUCUCCUGCAUGGCAGUUGAUCCCAGUGGAGAGGUAGUUGCUGCCGGAUCCCUAGAUUCAUUCGAUAUUCACAUCUGGUCUGUUCAAACUGGCCAAUUGCUCGACCAACUCGCUGGUCAUGAAGGUCCCGUCUGCUCAUUAGCGUUUUCGCCGAAUGGCAGUCUUUUAUUCAGUGGAAGUUGGGAUCGCACAGCCAGAAUGUGGUCAAUAUUCAACCGCACACAGACCAGUGAGCCUUUACAGUUACAAGCCGACGUCCUAGACAUCGCAGUCCGACCGGACUCCGCACAACUUGCGAUAUCCACGCUCGACGGCCAGUUAUCAUUUUGGUCGGUUACCGAUGCGGAGCAAGUGUCCGGACUGGACGGUCGACGAGACGUAUCAGGAGGUCGAAAGGUCACUGACCGAAGGACGGCCGCUAACGUAGCCGGCACCAAGAGUUUUAAUACUAUCCGAUACAGUACUGACGGGAGUUGCCUUCUAGCAGCAGGUGGCAGCAAAUACAUAUGCCUCUACUCUGUAAGCACAAUGGUGCUACUGAAGAAAUUCACCGUCAGCGUCAACCUUUCGCUAUCAGGAACACAAGAAUUCCUAAAUAGCAAAUUGCUAACCGAAGCGGGACCCGAGGGACUUCUCGAUGACGAGGCUGACCAUUCAGACCGUGAAGCUCGACGGGACAAGUCAUUACCUGGCUCAAAGCGAGGUGGUGAUCCAUCCGCCAGGAAAAAGUUGCCCGAGGUGAGAGUGACAAGUGUUGGUUUCUCGCCCACCGGGACUGCAUUCUGUGCUGCAUCAACAGAGGGUCUCCUCAUAUAUAGUGUGGAGAACGAUCUCCAAUUCGAUCCAUUCGAUCUGAACAUGGAAAUAACGCCCGCAUCCACUCUUGCUGUCCUUGAGAACGAAAAAGAUUAUCUCAAGGCUCUUGUGAUGGCAUUCCGACUUAACGAAGCGCGCUUGAUCAAGCGAGUCUUCCAAGCGGUACCAUAUACAGAUAUCCCAUUGGUGGUAGAACAAUUCCCUACCGUAUACGUCGCAAGGCUAUUGCGAUUUGUCGCAGCUCAGACCGAGGAAUCCCCGCACAUCGAAUUUUGUCUAUUGUGGAUCAAGGCGCUGGUUGAUAAGCACGGGUCUUGGCUUACAGCAAAUCGGAGUAAAGUAGACGUUGAACUCCGGGUUGUCGCGAGGGCAAUAACGAGAAUGCGAAACGAAAUCAAGCGAUUAGCAGAUGAAAACGUAUAUAUGGUAGACUAUCUACUCGGACAAGCCGGCAAGAAGACAGAUACAAAUGGACAGAGCCUCAUUGGAGGUGAUGUGUCGAUGAAGAUGUUGGCAUCAGGGGAAGCGUUGGGUUCAGACGAGCAAAUGCUGUCCGAGGGCGAAUCUGAGGAUGAGUGGAUAGGUCUAGAAUAAGGAAUUCGCUUCCGUUUUAAGAUAUACCCAGAUAAUCGAAAUCUAUAAAGGUCUUAUGUAUAAAAAAUAUGUAUUGAUAAGGUAUUGGCGUUCUAUCAAUUUAAUUGUUGGU